AUGCCCACUACACCCACCCCAGCAAGCCCGUCAACAUUGCACCAUACGACUGGCACCAAUAACGACAUAAUUGGCACCGUGAUGCUCGACAAGCUCACCAAGGAGUUCAAUCUCGGUCCUCCAGAGAUCGAGCAUCUUCGUUUGUUUGUGCGCCUGGGCUCGUUGCAGGGCGGACUAGCGACUGCUGAUCUCGCUACGCGCCUUUGUAUGUUUGCCGGUCAGCAAGGGGAUGUGGCCGAACGCAGACGCAUUCACGAGGCAGAGGUGAGGGAGGGGAGAGAUCACCGCAGUAUUUUGCGUGAUCUUGAGCAGUGCCUGAAUGAAACAUUCAUUCUAACUGCUCCUCAAAGGAAUAACAUACGUUCGGUCAUUCUCAACCUCGUGUUGGAUCCCAAGCGGACUUCGUACUCAAACCUUUACAACGAAGCAUUGGCUGAGCUGAAAGCAAAGAAGGACAAGCUGGAACUGGACAACGUGUUCAACAUUCCGGCUCGACUCAAGAAAGCCUCAUCCUCUAUUAAGAAUCAGUGUUCCAGCGUGAGAAAUGGGUUGCGCGUGGAUCUGAUCGACGGCGUUCACCCAAACACAUUCUGCGAACUGGGGACUUUUGUUGCUGACUUACUCCUCAAAUACAAAGGUCUCGUCAUCAAGGAUCAAGCUGUUUUGGACCCGUUCAACGUGCAUCUUGCGCUGUUAUGUCGCUUUGUAUUCGAUAACCCUCAGCUGAUCACUACAGCUAAGGAAAACGAGGACGACGACAAUCAAGGCGGGUAUGAGGAAAGCGAGGAAUCACGUCCGCGCAAGAGGAAGGCCAAGAGUGGCCGCACUGCCAAGGGACAGUGCUUUUGGGACCGGGUCGAGGAAUAUUUGGCGAAGCAGAUCGCAAUCCGCGGCAAGAACUUUGCGUCACCCGAAUGGAAAAGAUAUAUCAACCAGAUUGUGAAGGAUGAUCAAGCUAAGUUCAGAGGCCUGAAACCCGGCUCACCUGUUCUCGAUAACUGUGCAUCAAGCGAGGAAUGUGGAUCUGAGGGUGCAACAGCGCCGGCUCCAAGUGGGCUGCAAGCAGAUUCUGAGUUUUGGGCGCAGAUGGGAUCGGGAUCUCCUCUGACAGGCGGUCAACUGCUUUCAUAG